GGGCGGGGCGGUCCGCGGCCGCCCCCGCGGGCUCCGGUGCGUCAGGGCGCGUCAGGCGGGGCGGGGCGGGGCUGAGCGCGGGCGGCGGCGGCGGCGCGCCGGGGCCUCCUCCUCUCUUCCCUCCUCCUCCGCCUCCCGCACUCCAGCAGCCGCCGCCGGCCGGACGGGCGCAGCUCCCGCCGCCUCCGCUUCUCUCCCGCCGCCGAUCCCGCGCCCGCGCGCCCCUGCCCGGCAUGUCGGCGGCUGUGGCGUGCGUGGAUUACUUCGCCGCCGACGUGCUCAUGGCCAUCUCCUCGGGAGCCGUGGUGCAUCGCGGGCGACCCGGCCCCGAGGGCGCGGGCCCCGCUGCCGGCCUGGAUGUGCGCGCCACGCGCCGCGAGGCCACGCCGCCCGGGACCCCUGGGGCACCGCCACCGCCAGCCACCGCUCCGGGGCCGGGAGGCGCCACCGCUGCGCCCCACCUGCUGGCCGCCAGCAUCUUGGCGGAUCUGCGAGGCGGGCCGGGAGGCGCCACCGCAGCCAGCACCGCGGGGGGCACCUCACCGGCCUCCUCCUCCUCGGCCGCUUCGUCUCCUUCUUCGGGCCGCGCCCCCGGCGCCGCCAAGAGCCACCGGUGUCCCUUCCCGGGCUGCGCCAAAGCCUAUUACAAGUCUUCGCACCUCAAGUCACACCUGCGGACGCACACAGGUGAGCGGCCCUUUGCCUGUGAUUGGCCUGGCUGUGACAAGAAGUUUGCCCGUUCCGAUGAGCUGGCCCGCCACCACCGGACACACACAGGCGAGAAGCGGUUUCCCUGUCCCCUGUGCACCAAGCGCUUCACCCGCAGCGACCACCUGACCAAGCACGCCCGACGCCAUCCCGGCUUCCGUCCGGAACUGCUCCGGCGACCUGGUGCCCGCAGCGCCUCCCCCAGCGACUCGCUGCCCUGUAGCCUGGCUGGCAGCCCCUCCCCUAGCCCUGUCCCCAGCCCAGCUCCUGCCGCCUUGUAGAGCCCUGGCUACCCACCCUGAGAGUGGUCCGCUUGCCACGAAUCGGCAGGGAUUUCCAUCAAGGGACACGCCUGUCCUCUGGAGAGCCCGUGUCCUGGAGUCCCAGCCCACCUCAAGGAGGCAGCCAGGGUACUGAGAACGGACUUGGGUCACCUGGGGGCCUGGAAGGUGGCCUAGGGUUCUGUCUGUAAAUAGCCAUGAUCAGCUGUCCCAUCCCCUCUGCAGGGACCCCUAAAUGGGCAGUCAGCAGGCCCUCCCUUUCCCCUCCUGCCACCCUCUGCCUUCCCUCCUGGGUGGCACUGGGCACGAAGCCCAGACCCAGUACCACUCCUUCAGCCCCCAGUCACUCCUCCAGCUUGGGACACAAGUACACAGAGCCAUAGGAGACUGGGGCUUCCCGCGGGCCCCAGCGUGUCCCCACUCCACUGAAAGCCAUUGGCGGAAGUUCAGGGAAAUGGGUCGUGCAGCCUGGCUGACGCCCUGCCAUGGGUACUCAAAUCUCAGGUGUCCACAGGUUCUGCCCUCAGUAAGGGCCUCCCCGUGCUCCUAGCCCCAGAAGUACAAGAGACGCUACAGUUUUCAGAGGAGAACUUAGGGGGUCUCGGGCAGGGGUGUGGAGGUCCCUUACAGAGCAUCACCACUCACUUCAGGGUGUGGUGCUGGGCAGGUGGGAAACGUUAUUUAUUGUCCUCUCUGACUGCUGGUAAAGGGGCCCUGGCUUCCCCUAUCUGGGUGUGCAUAUGUGUGAGAGAGACAGUGGGUAUCUGAUGCCUGGGGCUCAGCCUCCCUGCUCCCACUGGGUUAGAGUCCCUGAGUUUGGCCUUGGUGGCCUUGCGUCUCAGACAAUCUUUUCUAGGACCCCUGUGGCCAUCAGACUAGGGGUGUAGGGCUCUGCCAUGCCCUCCACAUUCCUGGGUGUCUGCAGAGGGUGGCCUUGGACUCCAGGGCUGAAGGCAGGGGCCUCAGCUUCUGGGCCUCCUGGGGUAACUCAUUUUUUUUUUUUUUUGUUCUGUUUUUUUUUUUUUGUUUGUUUUGUUUUGUUUGCUUUUUAAUUUUUUUUUUUUUUUUUUUUUUUUUUUGAUGGGAUAGACUAUUUUUUCAGGCUCCAGUUCCUUGUUCCAGGGGGUCCUUUUGUGUGGCCACCGUCCUCAGGGGUAUGAGUGUUGGGGGGGGAAGGUCUCACAGUGAACAUGGAAGUGGAUUGGGGAGGUCUCUCAGGAGAGCCUUUCGCAGGGUCCUCUUUCUACUGCAGUUUGGAGUUCCUUUUCUAGAAAGGCAAUUAGGGACAACCCCCACCCCCCAGGAAUUGGGGACCCAGAGAUAGCUGAGCUGCCCUGUGUAGGCUGUGGGAGGUUUCUGGCAUACCCAGUUUGUUCCAGAACCUUCCAUCGUCCAGUGAGGGAGGCUUUGGGUAAAGCCACCUUUACCUGAGCCUAUGUGUGUGGGGAGGGGUUACCCUUCUAGAGCUGGGCUCUUAGGGUCCUGGGCCAGCCCUCCUCCCAGGUACCAUUUGCCCCUUCUCUUUGGCCACAGAAAUGAGAUGCCUUAGUUGUGGGGUGGGGUGGGGGGCUGGGGCCCCAUUCUUCUUGUGUCUUUUGGAUGUAUCCUGCUUCAUCCGAGCUCUUGCUGGUCCCCUGUUCUUCCUGCAAACGGGGUCUGAGGUCCAUAAGCAACCAGAGCUUUCCUGCCUCCCUCCCUCCCUCCCUCCUAACUUCACGUUCUGGUUGGUCACUGGGACCUGGGUCUAACCAUUGAGGGGCGAUGUCUGCGGGGCAGUCAGGACAAGAGUCUAAGGGAUUUGUUCUUUCUGUGGGGGCACCCCUCCUCCAUUCCGCCUGGCCUCUCACCCUUGUAUUUAAUUAAAGAAGCCCUUUUUUAAAACCUG